AUGAGCCGAACUUGGAUACGGUCGCUAAGAAUUACGCUAAAGCGCUGUGUCGAUCUUUCCGUUUGGGAAAUCGAGAAGUACUGGCAAUCUACAGAAGCUAGCAUUCGGAACAGCCAUCGAAGACUUGAUGAGCCUGGUGUCAAUAUCGACUCAACCCCCCCAGCUCUGAAACGGACGUAUCAAGAGGCUCUCAGUAACGUCAACCGGACACCGACAGCUAUCUUGUCUUUUGCGAACCCACUCAAGGAGAAGGCUUUGGUGUCAGAUGCCGAUUACCAGGCAUAG